CUUAUGAAUCGAGGUGCACGCUGGUCUAUCAGAUGACGGCACGCUUCAUUAACUUUAACGGCAUGAGGCUGCCCGGUGGUGUGCGCGUCCUCCUGGAAGUCACACAAAAUGAGGCAUACAUCCAGCUGCUGUCACCACUUAAGGAGGUAAUGUAUUACCAUCUUACACCCAGCUGCUGUCUCCACUUAAGGAGGUAUUGUAUUACCAUCUUAAAUCCAGCUGCUGUCCCCACUUAAGGAGGUAUUGUAUUACCAUCUUAAAUCCAGCUGCUGUCUCCACUUAAGGAGGUAUUGUAUUACCAUCUUAAAUCCAGCUGCUGUCUCCACUUAAGGAGGUAUUGUAUUACCAUCUUAAAUCCAGCUGCUGUCACCACUUAAGGAGGUAUUGUAUUACCACCUUACACCCAGCUGCUAACUCCACUUAAGGAGGUAUUGUAUUACCAUCUUACUUCCUUCUGCUGCCACCCCUAAAAUUGGUAAUGUUUCACCAUCUUGCUUCCAGCUGCUGUCAGCACAACAUUAUGUAAGUACAAUCUCUGAUGAUAUGUGUCAUACAUAGCCUUGUACAGCAUAGGGCUUGGCUUAUUUUUAAACUUCAAGAUAGAGUUAUUUUUAGCCACUUGUCUACUAGUAACUACCUUGAUAUUGACGUAGCCGAGCGUCACUUAAGCCCUGCCCCCGUUUUGUUGGCGGAGGAAAAGUUUGUUUACAUUCGAACGCUUACCAUCUGUUCUCAAGAAUGCCAUUAGGUGCUGCAAUUUCCAGAUUUUCUUUACUAGAACUUUCGGAUUAAAUUCCUAUAUAAAGCCCGCGAGUUGCAGAUAGACAUAACGAGACGUUAUAUUCUUGUGUGUAUAAAUUAAUAUUGGUAUUUUGAGUAGUGUCUUUUCCCCUUGCUGUAAGUUGGUAUAGUUUUUUUUUUUUUUUUUUGCUUCUGUACUCCAAUUUUUUUUUAUUUUUUCACUUUUUUUUAUAAUUAAAUACAAAAAUUUUAUUAUCGAAAGCUUUGUUUUUGUUUUUUUUGUUUUUGUUUUUUCCCUUUGGUGUAUUUUUGUUUAUUUUUUUUUUUUUUUUUUUGCUUCUGUACUCCAAUUUGUAUUUAUAUUUGCACUUAUUUAUAUAAUUAAAUACAAAAAUUUUAGUAUCGACAGCUUUGGUAUCUUAUUUUUUGCAUACUAUUGGAUCAGUCCUUUGUUAUAUAGCUUAGUGAUAACUAUCGUACAUAUUAAAUAUUAAAAACUAUAACGGUGAUCUCUGAUUACGUCAUUCAUUAAAAUAAAAAAGAGUAAUAUGUUCUUAUUAUUUUGGAAUAUCUGUUAAACAUGUCACGUGAUAAAUCAUGUCUUAAUGGCUGGAGGUGAUCGAUGAAGACAAACUGCGAAAUCUAGAAACCCUUAAAACUGACCUGUUGACCACUAUUAUUGACAGGUGUACGUCAGUUUUUACGUCAGCAGCAUCACCUUCCUGAAUUCCACUUCUGCCGCCGGAGUCGCCUGGAGCGGCCUUGUCUGCAAGGAUAGCAAACUCCCGUCGUGUGAGGUGGGUUUAGUUUCAGGGGUCGGCAGCCUUUUGGGCACAUGGCCGCAUAGAGUCUACUUAAUAAACAUUUAACAUUUGCUUUUAAAGUCCAUUCCUAGUCCAGUACGCAAAUAAGCAGUGGUAUAAUUUUUAGAUUUGCUGCUAUUUUAAAUAGUUCGACAAUUUUAAAAUGUGAUUAUAAAUUUGAAAGAUGCCCAUUUAAAUUUUAUAAUUUUUUUCGAAACAUGAACGCAGUUCUGGGAAUGCUGGAAAGCCGAAUUAAACAUUUCGAAGGGCCGCAUGUUGCCCCACCCUGGUUUAGCGGAUAGAUUUAAUAAAGUCCCCCCCCCCCCCCGGCCAAUAAUUCUUUUAAGAAAAAAAAAAAAGGGGGGGGGGGUCAAGAUAAACAUUGGAAAUAUAAAUUUUUAAAAUAAUUUUUGCAAAACAAAUUGCUGAAAUAAAAGUAUAUUUUUGAGCUUUGAAACAAUUUAAAAAAAUGGAUAAUGAAAAAAAGUAACAAAAGAAAUUUUCUCAGAACUAAGCAAACCAACUCCCGAAGGCUAGAUGAUCAUGAGUACCUGUUAGUUUAAAUUGUACAAUACAGUGGUUCCCUAAAUUUUCGCCACAAUCAUUCUAAAUUUGUCUAAACUAACAGAAAUUAGUCUAAGAUUGUCUUAACUAACAGAAAUUAGUAGAAAUUUGUCUAAACUAAGAAAAUUAGUCUAAAUCUAAACUUACAGAAAUUAGUCUAAAUUUAUUCUAAACUAACAGAAAUUAGUCUUAAUGUGACAAAACUAACAGAAGUUAAUCUGAAUUUCUCUAUACCAGCAGAAAUUAAUAUAAAUAUGUCUAAACUAACAGAAAUUAGUAGACAUUUGCUUAAACUAACAGAAAUUAGUAGAAAUUUGUCUAAACUAACAGAAAUUAGUCUAAAUGUGUCUAAACUAAUAGAAAUUAGUCUAAGUACCAGUAAUUGUAAUUUGGGUUUUUCUUGUCGUUUCGUUUGAGUUUAGACUUGUCUUGUGUUUGUUUGUAUGUUCUGUUUACAAACGCUAUUAUCAUCGGGUUUAAUCUCUUGAGUGCUAUGCAGUUGUCAGUUCAGACUCGGGGUUUUCCUGGGUCAAGAAUCGAUCAUGGCUAACAGACAACAGAUCAAUAAUCUAUCUUAUCUUUUAAACUAAUUCCCACCAUCAGGAUCCUGCUUACCCAACGAGAGCUUUUCAUUCAGUGGCAAAUAUGCCGAGCACCAACGAGUGUAAGUCACUUUAAAGCUCAUCUUUAAAAUCAUUUUUUAAAAUCAUCUUUAAAAUCAUCCUGAAAAUCCUCUCUAAAAUCAUCUUAAAAAUCAUCUCGAAAAUCCUCUCGAAAAUCCUCUUUAAAAUCAUCUUUAAAAUCAUCUUUAAAAUCUCUCAGAAUGCUAGGAGCCCCUCCCACAACAAACACACUCCAUAAUCUUAACGGCUAUCAUUUACACUAGUCCUUUCUGAACAUCCUUGCCUUAAUAUAUAUAUAUGUUUCAAAAAAAUAAUGUCACGUGGAGACUUUGUUGAGCGUUCCACUUAAAUGCCUGCACCAUAACUAGAAUCUGAUGAUUUUCAUGGCAUGUUCUUUAUUUUUUCUUACAAUGGAAACGUAUUCUUGAAAAGUAAAAACUGCACAAGGUUUUUGAAACUUGAUUAAAGGAAACGAAAACUUGUACAAAUAAACCUCACACAAUAAUUAUAAUAAAGGCCCCUUUUAAUAAUUUUAUAUUGCUUAUUAAAAGAGUAACGUGCUUGGGGAUACAGUAAAGGAAAUUGAAGAGUUCUUAACCACAAUGCAUAUUUUUAUACAUGUUAUUCAAUCAUAAAAUAUAGGUUUAAGGAUGACCCAAAAUCUUCGACCAUUCUAUAAUGUUAAUUGUAUGAGGAAUUGGUUUAGAUCUAAUACUUGAAAAUGAUUUCUUUCCCAACUUACAAUCUCUUCGUCUUUCUUGCGGUUUCCCUCGCCAGGCGCAAACAGGGGUAAAUUGGUCCUUGUUGCUCAGAUCGUGUUCACCGACCCCUACCAGGCUCACCGCUUUCGCAUCGUCCUUGACACCGUCAAGUGCGCCUUCUCCGAAUGCGACAACCUGGUGGUAGCCACUGCCGGGGAUCUCAGCUGCCAAACCCUGGGGCCACCCCCGUUCCCGGCAGCGCUGGUCGACCCGAUGUCCCUGAACCUCCAGCAGCAGGGCUACCCCUCGCCGAGACAGAGGCUGCAGCAGAGAUCCGCCGUCACCAUGGCGGUUCCGCCACCCCCCAACGCCAUUGGGCCCUUCAGCGAGUCGCCCCGCUAUUACGACGCCGCCGUGAACAACACGGCCCCUGUCUGCCCCUGCACCCCUGACCCCGCCGAGGAAGCGGCCGACGGUCAGGAGAACGACGGCUGCAGGGAGCUGUUCGAUCCGUACGCCUACGAGCUCAUCGAUGAGAAGACGUUGUUUUGCGCGAAGGCGUGCUUGGCGAAGCUAGACAUGGACCGGGUGAGUUUUUCUCACGGUGGACGUCUACGUUUGAUGAUUGCUCUUGGCAGUCAGUUUGGGAAUUUCAAAAUUUAAUCAGGGAUGGUCUGAGCGAGAUGUAACAAUGUUUGUGAUUGAAUGAUGCUGUUUUUUUUUUUUUGGGGGUGUAGGGUAAGGAAAGGAGGGGACAGGUGUAAGAGUCACAUGCAAAUCAGUUAGAGAAAAAAACAACAAGACAAAGUUAGUUGUUCUAUGUUUUGGGGAAAAAGACCUGGUACUUUUUAUCCGUUUGUUAUAAACAAAGCUACGUAAUUAUUCAACGCUAUGUAUUAAUUUUUUUAAAAAGAACAAACUUUUUAAAAAAAACAUGCUUUUAUAAAAAGGAACUUAAGAGUACAAGAUACAUUUUUGGGAGACAUACCAGGAUUUUCUUACAAUAAAUAAAGUCUGCAAAAAUAAUUGCGUUGGUGCUAAACAUGGAAGGAAGAGCUACUGAUCAUGAAGGAUUUUAUUGUCAUCGGGUUGUGGGGGGGGGGGGAGGGGUGAGUAGGCUAAGUUGGAGAUAAGCGCGCAGGGAAAAAUAAAGUCUGCAAAAAUAAUUGCGUUGGUGCUAAACAUGGAAGGAAGAGCUACUGAUCAUGAAGGAUUUUAUUGUCAUCGGGUUGUGGGGGGGGGGGAGGGGUGAGUAGGCUCAGUUGGAGAUCAGCGCGCAGGUCAAAAACGAGAUGCACGAUAGGACACGCAGAGGACUAUCAAGGGUCAGUGGAGGUCACUGCUUACCUACAGAUCUUGUAAGAUUGUAUUGUCAUCAGGAUUGAGAAACCAUGCAAAUUUUCAAUUCCAUCAGACGAAGGGAACAGGUUGCCAACUGAGCUACAAUAUUUACCCAGAGAAACACGCAGACAGAGCGCAAACUAAAUGAAACCUCGUAAAAAAUAAAUAACAUCAAUUCGAUAACCUCGAAAACAAAAUUCACUAUUAGGUAUGUAUGUAAGACCUGCAACACUAUGCUUAAAUAAGCGCGCAACAUUAGAUCCCCAGACGCUUAGUAACAAUUGGGCUUCUUUUAAAGUGCAUCACCCGAAUCCAUGGUUUGUCAAGUAGCUUUAGUUGAUGUCAAGUUCACACUUCGCUACCACCAUUGUUUGGCGGGUAAUUGCUAGGAGAUGGCAGUAAUACAAAUAAACAAUGCUGAGUUGAUAAGUGAUCGAAAUCAAUAAUUUUGGAUAUCUCACACAAUCUAUUACAUAAGAUGAUCUUUCAGACUUUGUUUGUAUAUCUUUUUGUGUGAAUUUUCAGAGUAUGUCUGUAUAUCAUUGUCCCUGAUUUUUUUUUGUUGCGUCUGUAUAUUUUUUGUAUGACCUUUCAGACUCUGUAUAUUUUGGUUCAUUCCGCCAAGAUUGUGUCAGUAAAUCUUUUGGUAUGAGCUCUUAGAAUGUGACUGUAUAUCUUUUGGUAUGAUCUUUUAGACUGUGACAGUAUAUCUUUUGCUAUGAUCUUUUAGACUGUGACUGUAAAUCUUUUGGUAUGAUCUUUUAGACUGUGACUGUAAAUCUUUUGGUAUGAUCUUUUAGACUGUGAGUGUAUAUCCCUUGUUAUGAUCUUUAGACUGUGACUGUAUAUCCCUUGUUAUGAUCUUUUAGACUGUGACUGCAUAUCCCUUGUUAUGAUCUUUUAGACUGUGACUGUAAAUCUUUUGGUAUGAUCUUUUAGACUGUGAGUGUAUAUCCCUUGUUAUGAUCUUUUAGACUGUGACUGUAAAUCUUUUGGUAUGAUCUUUUAGACUGUGAGUGUAUAUCCCUUGAUAUGAUCUUUUAGACUGACUGUAUAUACCUUAUUAUGAUCUUUUAGACUGUGACUGUAUAUCCCUUGUUAUGAUCUUUUAGACUGUGACUGUAAAUCUUUUGGUAUGAUCUUUUAGACUGUGACUGUAAAUCUUUUGGUAUGAUCUUUUAGACUGUGAGUGUAUAUCCCUUGUUAUGAUCUUUUAGACUGUGACUGUAUAUCCCUUGUUAUGAUCUUUUAGACUGUGACUGUAUAUCCCUUGUUAUGAUCUUUUAGACUGUGACUGUAAAUCUUUUGGUAUGAUCUUUUAGACUGUGAGUGUAUAUCCCUUGUUAUGAUCUUUUAGACUGUGACUGUAAAUCUUUUGGUAUGAUCUUUUAGACUGUGAGUGUAUAUCCCUUGAUAUGAUCUUUUAGACUGACUGUAUAUACCUUAUUAUGAUCUUUUAGACUGUGAAUGUAUAUCCCUUGUUAUGAUCUUUUAGACUUUGACUGUAAAUCUUUUGGUAUGAUCCUUUAGACUGUGAGUGUAGAUCCCUUGUUAUGGUCUUUUAGACUGUGACUGUAUAUCUUUUGGUGUUAACUUUGGGAAACACGCUUACUGGAGCCUUGUGCCAAGUGCGGAGAAGAGAUUUUCCAUCAAGUUUUUAAUUAUGUCAAGGGCUCUGAACGUGUGCCUUCCAAAAUGAUAACAUUGCUAACAUUGCUAACAUUGCUAAUAUUGCUAACAUUGCUAACAUUGCUAACAUUGCUAACAUUGCUAACAUUGCUAACAUUGCUAACAUUGCUAACAUUGCUAACAUUGCUAACAUUGCUAACAUUGCUAGCAUUGCUAGCAUUGCUAGCAUUGCUAGCAUUGCUAGCAUUGCUAGCAUUGCUAACAUUGCUAACAUUGCUAACAUUGCUAACAUUGCUAGCAUUGCUAGCAGUACUAGCAUUGCUAACAUUGCUAACAUUGCUAGCAUUUCUAGCAUUGCUAGCAUUGCUAGCAUUGCUAGCAUUGCUAACAUUGCUAACAUUGCUAACAUUGCUAACAUUGCUAACAUUGCUAACAUUGCUAGCAUUGCUAGCAGUGCUAGCAUUGCUAGCAUUGCUAACAUUGCUAACAUUGCUAACAUUGCUAACAUUGCUAGCAUUUCUAGCAUUGCUAGCAUUGCUAGCAUUGCUAACAUUGCUAACAUUGCUAACAUUGCUAACAUUGCUAACAUUGCUAACAUUGCUAGCAUUGCUAGCAUUGCUAGCAUUGCUAGCAUUGCUAGCAUUGCUAACAUUGCUAACAUUGCAAACAUUGCUAACAUUGCUAACAUUGCUAACAUUUAUAACAACGCCAUGAGUUAAAUAUUAGUGUUGAUGUUUAAAACAAAGGUUCCUUCUUUUACUUUAGAUUAGUACGGCCACUAGGGCUAUGUCUAGGGCAUGACUAUAUAUUUCCUAAUUAAGUACUGAAAAUUAAUCUCACUCCACACUCACUCUAACAUUCAAUGACACUCUCACUAGCUCUCACUUCUAUUAAUACUAUAACUAUACUAAUAAAACAAAGGUGGUUCAGCCCACAAAUAAAUAUCACAAACAGAAUUAUCUACAUACACAUUACAUAUACUGUACACGUAUUUCUUUAGUCCUUGGGUAACGAGAUAUACUGCCCAAUAUUAUUAAGUGUUAUGUUCCGACUGGCGAUCAGGUCCUCUGUAGGCGGUCCAGAUUCCAAACACAACAGAGCCCACGCUGCAGUCUUUUGGAUUGUGGCCUCCCUCUCUGGUCACUGCAACGUAACAUGUGUCUGGUUACUCGCACUGCGACGUGAUAGGUGUAGGCUCGAACCCACACUCAGCUUCUGGCGGGGUCUCUGCUACUCUAGUGGGCCUAAUGACUCAACUGUACCGAGUGGUCUAUACUCUGCGGUAUACGAUACCGUCUGUACUAAGUUCUACUGUACUGCAAUGUACUCAACUCCACUGUACUGACUCUAAAUUAGCUGACUAUACUGAGACUAAAGUCAACUGUACUUAUGGUACUAGCUCAAGCUAACUCAAACUGUACUGGUACUAACUCAGACUAGACUAACUGUUACAAACUCAACUGUUAUAUUACUGAACUAUUACUUACUGAACUAUUACUUACUGGUUUGAAAUGAGAAUAACUAAUACAACGCAUAAGACAUAGGUAAAAAAAUUAAAAUCACAUUACAUUAUUAAUAAUCAACCAUACUCUAACAGUAACUAUAGUCCUAACAUUUUCUAAUAAAACUACAACUACAAUUCUACAUACCGGUACACAUGAAUAUGAACAUUAACAAUACUAACCCAACACAAUCAAAACUUCAUCAACUAAUUAUGCCAGCCAGGCUCUACUAACAGACAUCUGGUGAAAGAGGGCGAUAUAUGAUUCAUCAUCAUCAUCAUGUCCCUUAGUCCUUGGACUGUUGGGGCGCCACAGAUGACAUGUGAACUACCCUCCUCCAUUCGCCUCUGUCUUCUGCACUACGCACAGCAUCGCUCAGUUUUAGUCCUGUCCACUCUUUGAUGUUAUCCUCCCAUCUUUUUCUUUUUCUUCCUCUUCGUCUCUCUCCUCUUGUAUAUAUAUGAUUAGGGCCCUUAAAAUACACGCUAAGUUUGGCGUCCUGUACCGUAUUCAAGUAAUUCAAGCGUCACAUUCAAGCGUCACAUUCAAGCGUCACAUUCAAGCGUCACAUUCAAGCGUCACAUUCAAGCGUCGCAUUCAAGGGUCACAUUCAAGCGUCACAUUCAAGCGUCACAUUCAAGCGUAACUUUCAAGCGUCACAUUCAAGGGUCACAUUCAAGCGUCACAUUCAAGCGUCACAUUCAAGCGUCACAUUCAAGCGUCACAUUCAAGCGUCACAUUCAAGCGUCACAUUCAAGCGUCACAUUCAAGCGUCACAUUCAAGCGUCACAUUCAAGCGUCACAUUCAAGGGUAACAUUCAAGCGUCACAUUCAAGCGUCACAUUCAAGCGUCACAUUCAAGGGUAACAUUCAAGCGUCACAUUCAAGCGUCACAUUCAAGCGUCACAUUCAAGCGUCACAUUCAAGCGUCACAUUCAAGCGUCGCAUGCAAGCGUUGCGUCUGACGCUGUGGCCAGACGCAGGUUAUGGUCAAGGUGACCAGGUUAAUUUCCAUAUUUCCUUGAGUCAUUGUUAUUAGUGUAAGGUCCAGCCUCAUUGCGUAAUGCACGUGGGGUAGCGAUGGAGAGAGUUUUAGCCAGCGGGUCUCACAAAGGUGAGGACCAGCGGGUCUCAACACCAUGCAUAAAUUGUUUAACUGGCGAAUGCAAUAUGAUGUUUUAUUAUUUCAUUAUCUGAAUUGACAGAUCAGAAAAAGUGUACUGCCAUUUAAAAUAUAUAUAACGCGAGGGUGACGUUGAAUAUUGGUGAUUUACAGAAAUUAAAGCUGGCUUGUAAAACAAAAAUCAAUAAAAAAUCAUUUUGCUUAAAAAGUCUUAAAAGUGUCUCACAGAAAACAAAAACAACAAUUGAUUAGAAAAAUGCAACACUCAAUUUAAAUGAAAUAUACAAAAAUAACGAUAUCAAAGUGUUGUUCUUACUUUAGUUGGUCGUGGAAUACAAUCAAUCACUAUCAAAUUUAAAGCAUAAACACCAGAGGCUUAGACAGGUGAGGUGUGUCUAAGUUUGGUCCCUUUUAAUGUGCUUUUAAGCACGGGGAGAAUGUCUCCUCGCCCCCCCCACCCCCAUUCAAUCUCGCUGUAGCUUAAAAAAGAAAAGAAAAGAAUAAGUCUGCUCGUUUCCUGGACCGACCAUUUGUUUUCUUGUUUCCAGACAUGGCUUGAAAUGCAACAAGGCUACUGCAAGGUCAUCCAAUGCGCCAACGGCGUGGGGUUCGUCAUCGGGUUCGAGAGCAAAUGCUGCAUCACGCAGUACUAUCUCAGGAGGGACACGUUCUUCGAGCGAGCGCCAAAGACGAAGUACGGCUUCAUCUACAAGGUGGUCCAGAGCAGCGACGGGUGAGUGCAUGGGUUCGUUUUAGAGUGAAGGGUCACGACCAGUGGGGGUGGGGGUGGGGGAGCUCGCGUCAGAUGUGAAUCACAUAUUUUGACGGUGUCAACUGUCGUGUAGGGAUGACAAGGCGUGGGGCGGGGGGGGGGGCGGGGGGGUUUCAGGUUUCGCGUCAGAUGUGAAUCACAUAUUUUGACGGUGUCAACUGUCGUGUAGGGAUGACAAGGCGUGGGGCGGGGGGGGGGGACGGUGGGUUUCAAGUUCGGUGUGGGUCACUCAUCGAGUCUUUGUCCGAUGUCGUGCUUGGAUCACUAAUGGUGGGGGUUCACUAGUGAAACGGAGGUUAAGAGAAGUGUCAGGGUCACAGAUGUGCUGGGGGUCACUAGAUGUGGGAUAAAUUUUGUGUAAUAGUUUUAGAUCUUUUUUUUUAAAAUGCUCUUUUAUUAGUGACAGAGAGGAUCAUUUGUUAAACAGUGAGUGAGACUAUACAAGCAUUUUUACAUUUGGAUUAGAUUAAAUUUUAAAAAGGAAACUGGCGCAAGCGUUCAAAUGCGUCUCUCUAAAAUCAGGUUUUAUAAGUAAAUUAUUUUCACAGCUUAUAUAUAGUAGUAUUAGAGUUGUAGAGACUAGUUUGGAUUUACUGUAGGGUAGUGUUGGAACUGAACAGUACUUUUGUCCGUUGCAAUGCGAUUCAGAAUUAGACAUCACGUUUGAAACACAAGUUCGGACCGGACACUGUGGCAUCCACCCACUGCUUAGUCUCACAUGAUUUCCUGGUGAAGUCGUGUCUUUUUGAGAGAACCUAUUAGUAUUUUUCCACAGGACACGAAAGCGAAAUCACAUCCAUCUAUCUAUCUAUAUAAACAUUUUCAUUGAAAAAAAUUAGAGAGGGCAACAAAUGCAUAUUAUCCUGAGACUUUAUCAAAAAGCUAUUAAAUAUUCUUAGCAACAAGAACAAGAAUAAUUUCAUAUUUUUUCUGCGUGUUGCCAAUUUUAAGUAAGUUUUGUUGGCUGUUUUCCACUUUCUAAAAGGUCUUCUUGUAAUUUUUCUCGCCAAUUUUUCCCGAUAUGAUCUUAAAUAAAAACUUUUACAAAAUUAGUUAACAAUUCAAAAAUCAAUAAAUGAGAUACAGCUAAAUGUAAAAUUAAAAUAAAAUGGAAUACAAGGUUUUUUGAAGAAUCCAAUUAUUUUCUGAUAAAUUAUGCAGCAAAAAAUGUAUUUCUUGAUCGCUUUGUCUUUUCAGCGGAACGGAAAUUAGCGAAUACCUGAUCUCAUUUAAAAACUGUGAGGACGCCAACAACUUUAAAGCCGUUGUCGACAAGUGCCACAAGACUCUCAUGAUGACGGCCGACACGGGGUUUGACAACACCGGCCGCCAAGGCUGGUCGGUCUGCGCCAACAACAACAACAACAACAGCAACUGCUGCUGCACCAGGACGCCCGCGCACCGCGGGCACCACAGAAUGGACAACGUGCUCCCUGGACUGGGUGGACUGGGCGGGUGUUCUGAUGAUGAUGAUGACGUAAGGUAUCACGUCUUAUCGGGCUCUGAGUCCAAUGCCAACUGGAAUAAUAGCUUGCAUCGCGUAGAUUUCUCAGAAAACGCAGAAAUAAUGAAUCGACGGAGUAGUGAACUGAUAGAAAGUUUGGUGGAAUUUAAAUCAAGGCAUUGUUAUUUAGAAGUGCAACAUGCGAUUCUCUCUGCUGAUCUCUAUAAAGUUUUGAAUCGUCUUUUAUUCUGGAUAAUUUUAGGAACUUUUGCACGUCUGAACUUACACGUUUAUGUAGUACUUGACCAAGAAGUCAGAGUCAAUAACAGAAUAGAAAUAGCUGCUGACAAAAUCAAACGUAUACAUUUCGACAGCUUGAGUAUAAGAAGUACUAGGAAUGCUUAUAGAAACAACGGUCGUGUGGAUAAAGUUAACGGUCGCUGUAGAAGAAUCCUGAAUUUUAUUCAUUUGUUAUUGUCCUUGUGCACCAGGUAUAUUUCUUCAAAACCUAAUCUCGAAAGAAAACUUCUCUCUGACAAUAGCGCCCUUUUCUGGAAAUCAAGCAUUUACGACCUAUGACAGGAAGUGAACUUCUUGGCGGAUUCUUUUGUAAUUUCUUAAAUUGAUAUGGGAAUUGUAACUGUGUGAAGCUGGUUGAAGUUACUGUCAUUUUUUAAACGCUUUAUCGAUUUUUGAUCGACAUAAAUCUAACGAUUUUUAACGACAAAUUAUCGUUGGUCUAGUUAUUGAUACAGGGAUGACAGACAGUAGUGCAACAAGAAAUACCGCGACACCCAUGUGCAGUGCCUUGCAACCAUCACUACCGUUGUAUCCAUGUGCAGUGCCUUUAGAGACAGAAUAAGAACGUAGGCCAUACAACCUUUUGAAGCAUUUUGAUUGCUUAAAGAUAAAUGAAACUGUGGC